AUGAAGACUUCUAAAGCGAUUGAAUUUUUGUUGGUGGUGAUAAGAAGUUGUCUCUCUGUACAUAUAUAAAAUUAUAUAAAUAUGAAAAACCCAUGAAGAUUUUCAGAUGUUAAGUAGGAUAUGUAUGAAUCGUCAAUUGGCGUCAUGUUCUUCAGCUUCUUCCCCAAUUCUAUGCUCUUUCCCACAUCAAAAACCAAUAAGCCGUAGAAAUAUGAGCCAACUUCCAUCAGCAAUUGCUCCAGCUUUUCAAUACGCCACAGAUUGUUAUAUCACACAAUCAAUUCAAUUUGGAAUGGAAGGUCUUCAUAGUGUUGGGCUUUCUUGGCCAGCUGCUUUUAUUUCAGCUGCAGUUGCUCUUCGAAUAGCAACUGCACCGUUGCAUGUUUAUGCGGAGAAGAUUUUUGCGAAUCGAUUACAUGCGCAGAAUUUUUUGACGAAGGGUGUGCUUCAAAAAGUUGGGGAGAGAUAUCGAGUUGAAGUUGGACCGAAUAAAGAUGGAACGAAAUUGGAAAUCAAGUCGAAUGAUCCGAAAAUUGCGCAGAAAACUCAAGAAGCGGUUGGGAAUUGUGAAAUGAGAGCGCUGAUCAUAAUGCUGUGAAAAUCAGAGCUCCACGCGGAGCCAAGGAAAUGAUUGAAACGAGUUGGACCUCGACUAAAUGAAAUUUUCAGGUUUUUUAAGCAAAUGAGUUGAAAUAUUGGGUUUUAAUGUUAUUCAUAUGAUAGAAUGGUCUAAGACGAACAGAAUGAUAUAUAUUUUGAUGACUUUACGUUAUCCUUAAGUGAUUUAGCGACUUUUAGUCGAUAAGGUCGCUAAAUCACUUAUGGAUAAGGUAAACUCAUCAAAAUUUAUAUCAUUUUGUUCGUCUUAGACCAUUCUAUCAUCUGAAUAACAUUAGAACCCAAUAUUUCAACUCAUUUGCUUAAAAAACCUGAAAAUGUCAUUUAGUCGAUGUCAAACUAUAUUUACAAUGAAGUAAAAAGGUUCUGAAAUUAACUUUUGAUGAAAUAUAGUAAUUCGACGAUGCUGAAAACGAUUGCGAAGUCAAAAAUUAGGCUCAUAGUAGGCUAUAGCAAUUUUUGACCUCGCAAACGUUUUCAGCAUGGUCGAAUUACUAUAUUUCAUCAAAAGUUAAUUUCAGAACCGUUUUUACUUCAUUGUGAAUAUAGUUGGACAUCGACUAAAUGACAUUUUCAGGUUUUUAAAGCAAAUGAGUUGAAAUAUUGGGUUUUAAUGUUAUUCAUAUGAUAGAAUGGUCGAAGACGAACAGAAUGAUAUAAAUUUUGAUGACUUUACAGGGUGCGUAAAAAUUACGUAGACAAGCAUUUUUCGCUGGUAUAAACUGAAAUUCGUGCACUUCUAGAGAAUUAUAAGUUUUAAUAUGUUUUAUUAUGAUGUUUUGAACAUAUGUGCGAAGUUACAUGUCAAUCCGUCAUUUCUGGGGCCAGUGACACCUUCUAAUAAACUGCGCAAUAAACGUUCGUUGGCACGCGACACAAUGAAAAUUUUUAGAUGUGUUCUCCCAUGGAUUUAGAAGUUGUUUUCAUGUUGUAUUAUGACUGAUAGGUUUUCUUAGAGUCCCAAAAUGUCAACCAAAAAGAUACAAUUGCCUUUAAUGUUUCACACCAUGUUUGGGUGGGGGUUAUGAGAAAUGCCUGCUUGGCUGACAAAAUUCCAUAAUUUCCGCUGUUUUCGGGGUCUAAAUCGAAAAGAAAGUCCGAAAAAACAUAAUUCUAGAUUAAUUUACAUUAUCUUGGAUAAUAUCCAACUUUGGCAAUAAUUAUAAAGUACUCCAGCAAGCUGUUGUUUCAGUUCACAGACCAAAGUUGUCUCAACAGCUGUUGAAAAAUGAUUUUUUCGAUUUGAGCAACGUUUUAGUUUGGAUCCGUUUUUGUCGGAUCUGAACCCAAUGUAUUAUUCCAUCAAGGAACGUUAUUAGAAAGGGUCUGGGUAAACCCUUAAUCAAGUAUCCGAGUCAUACGGUAUCUCAUUUUUGAAUAUUGGGACACUUUGUCCGACAAAUGACCCCGUGCCGAAGUGGAUGUUUGCCGAGAACGUUUUUCCGAAUUCAUACAUCGGAAAAUUAAUCAAAUAAAAUGGUAAUAAUUUAAGUCUGUUAGUUAGGACCCUAGUAGUUAACUUUAAAACAUUCCUAUAAAAAACUAGUUCAAAUUUUGAAAAUAUGAUUGAUCAAAGUUGUCUACGUAAUUUUUACGCACCCUGUAGGUUAUCCUUAAGUGAUUUAGCGAGGUUUAGUCGAUAAGGUCGCUAAAACACUUAAGGAUAACGUAAAGUCAUCAAAAUUUAUAUCAUUCUGUUCGUCUUAGACCAUUCUAUCAUAUGAAUAACAUUAGAACCCAAUAUUUCAACUCAUUUGCUUAAAAACCUGAAAAUGCUAAUUUUCAAUAGACUACUGAUUUCGUUUCAAUCAUUUUCUUGGCUCCACGUGGAGCUGAUUUUCACAGCAUUUUGAUCAGCGCAAAGAGUUCUACAAGACACUAUUUCUCAUUUUACUAAUGUAUUUUUACAGCUCGAAGAAGUUCCCGGAAUGUUAGCUGAACAUGGUCUACAAGCCGCGAGAAUUCAAAAUUUAAAAUUAUGCACAGUUCCAGUGUGGAUAUUUUCAUCAUUUGCAUUGAGAAAUAUUAUUAGUUGUAAGCUUUCUUAAGAUUUCAAAAUUCUUAAUUUUCCCCCAAAACACCCAAAUUUUCAGCCGAUUUCCAUCCCUCAGUCGACGGAGCUCUUUGGAUACCUGAUCUACUCUCACCAGAUCCAUAUUUCAUUCUACCGAUUGCUGUCGGCGUUUUUGGAUUUUUGAAUUUGUAUAGUCAACGCAAAAUUUAUCCGGGAGUUGUGAAGAUGACGUGGAAACAGAAGUCGUAUGAUGCGGUUUUGGCGUUUUUCACGAUGUUUGCCGUUACUAUUAUGUCACAAUUACCUGCGGUGAGAAUUUUACAAGGAAAAGUUGACGAUUUUCCAUAGAAUAUUAUCGAAAAAACCACGCGCUCCACCGAAAUAAACACGCAACGCAGACCGCGUCGCGCCACAACACAAGGGAACGAUUCAAAUUGUGUGUGUUGUGGCGCGGCGCGGUCUGCGUUGCGUGUUCAUUUCGGUGGAGCGCGUGGUACCUUUUUUCGACAAUAUCUAUGUUUUCUGGUGGUUUUCGACCUCAAGAUGAGUUAUGACGUGGCAAAAUUUGAAAAAUUCGGAAUUUUAGGAGCUGAAAACUAGAUUCAAAACUUAUUUUCAUCCAAAUAUGAUAGCUCGAAUUCUUUGGGAAUUAAGAAAAACCUUCUGAAUAGCCCUAUGCUAUCAGAUUUGGAUGAAGCUAGGUUUUCAGCUCCUAAAAUCCCGAAUUUGCCACGUCAUAACUCAUCUUGAGUUCUGAAAUUUUUUGGAAAAUUUCGGACCGAUUUUUUUUUGAAAAUAUUCGGGCCGAUUUUUUUUUUGGAAAAUCUCGGGUCGAUUUUUUUUUUUGGAAAAUCUCGGGCCGAUUUUUUGGAAAAAUCUCGGGCCGAUUUUUUUUUCGGAUAAUCUCGGGCCGAUUUUUUUUUGGAAAAUCUCGGGUCGAUUUUUUUUUGGAAAAUCUCGGGCCGAUUUUUUUUGGAAAAAUCUCGGGCCGAUUUUUUUUCGGAUAAUCUCGGGCCGAUUUUUUUUGGAAAAAUCUCGGGCCGAUUUUUUUGGAAAAUCUCGGGCCGAUUUUUUUUUGGAAAAUCUCGGGUCGAUUUUUUUUUUUGGAAAAUCUCGGGCCGAUUUUUUUUGGAAAAAUCUCGGGCCGAUUUUUUUUUUGGAAAAUCUCGGGCCGAUUUUUUUUGGAAAAUCUCGGGUCGAUUUUUUUUUUUGGAAAAUCUCGGGCCGAUUUUUUUUGGAAAAAUCUCGGGCCGAUUUUUUUUUCGGAUAAUCUCGGGCCGAUUUUUUUUUGGAAAAUCUCGGGUCGAUUUUUUUUUUGGAAAAAUCUCGGGCCGAUUUUUUUUUGGAAAAUCUCGGGUCGAUUUUUUUUUUGGAAAAUCUCGGGCCGAUUUUUUUUUGGAAAAUCUCGGGUCGAUUUUUUUUUUGGAAAAAUCUCGGGCCGAUUUUUUUUUUGAAAAAACUCGGGCCGAUUUUUUUGGAAAAUCUCGGGCCGAUUUUUUUUUUGGAAAAUCUCGGGUCGAUUUUUUUUUGGAAAAUCUCGGGCCGAUUUUUUGGAAAAAUCUCGGGCCGAUUUUUUUUUUGAAAAAUCUCGGGCCGAUUUUUUUUGGAAAAAUCUCGGGCCGAUUUUUUUUUCGGAUAAUCUCGGGCCGAUUUUUUUUUUGGAAAAUCUCGGGUCGAUUUUUUUUUUUGGAAAAUCUCGGGCCGAUUUUUUUGGAAAAUCUCGGGCCGAUUUUUUUUGGAAAAUCUCGGGCCGAUUUUUUUUUUGGAAAAUGUCGGGUCGAUUUUUUUUGGAAAAUCUCGGGCCGAUUUUUUUUUUGGAAAAUCUCGGGCCGAUUUUUUUUUUGGAAAAUGUCGGGUCGAUUUUUUUUUUGGAAAAUCUCGGGCCGAUUUUUUUUUGGAAAAACUCGGGCCGAUUUUUUUGGAAAAUCUCCGGCCGAUUUUUUUGGAAAAAUCUCGGGCCGAUUUUUUUUUUGAAAAAUCUCGGGCCGAUUUUUUUUUUGGAAAAUCUCGGGCCGAUUUUUUUGAAAAAUCUCGGGCCGAUUUUUUUUGGAAAAACUCGGGCCCAUUUUUUUUUUGGGAAAAUCUCCGGCCGAUUUUUUUUUGGAAAAUCUCGGGCCGAUUUUUUUGAAAAUAAUCGGGCCGAUUUUUUUUUGGAAAAUCUCGGGCCGAUUUUUUUAUUGGAUAAACUCGGGCCGAUUUUUUUUUGGAAAAUGUCGGGCCGAUUUUUUUUUUUGGAAAAUGUCGGGCCGAUUUUUUUUUGGAAAAUCUCGGGCCGAUUUUUUUUUUGGAAAAUGUCGGGCCGAUUUUUUUUUUGAAAAAUCUCGGGCCGAUUUUUUGGAAAAUCUCGGGCCGAUUUUUUUUUGGAAAAUCUCGGGCCGAUUUUUUUUUGGAAAAUCUCGGGCCGAUUUUUUUUUGGAAAAUCUCGGGCCGAUUUUUUGAAAAAUCUCGGGCCGAUUUUUUUGGAUAAACUCGGGCCAAUUUUUUUUUUGGAAAAAUUUAUUUUUUUAUUUUUUUUCGACUUGAAUCACCCCAUAAAAGUUAGCCUAACUUAACUUUUUUUUAAUUCAAUAUUUCCAGUGCAUCCCCAUGUAUUGGCUAGUUGUCUCAACAACCGGAAUGGCUCAAGCCCAACUUCUUCGCCACCCGAAAAUCAAAGGAUUAUUCGGCAUCAAAAAAUUGCCAACCGACUCGAAUACUCCCAUCAGAGAUUUGUUCAAAAUGCGCAAUGUAUAG